CUUCCUUUUGCCAUGGUGGGUGCGUCUUCCUCUUACGCAUCUCCGUUAUGUACCUGGUUUGUUGCAGCUUGCAUGUCCGUCGCUCACGGCGGUGGAGAUACCCGUCAGGCUGUUGCUCUUCAAUCUGCUGGGCGGAGUCGGCGAAGGAGGCAGCUUAGCAAAUGCUCUUCCGCUUCUGGAUCCGCUAGCAUUCAGGCUCUUGUCACUUCUUGUUUGGAUUUUGGUCCCUGUACUCACUACAACAACAAUGCAUUGUCUUCUCUCUUUGGAUCGAAUAGUGUUUCUUUGAAUCGAAACCAGAGGAGAUUGAAUCGUGCAGCUAGCUCUGGUGGAGCCAUGGCAGUGAUGGAGAUGGAAAAGGAAGCUACGGUUAACAAGAAACCGCCUACGGAGCAGCGUCGAGUUGUAGUGACUGGCAUGGGAGUUGAAACAUCAUUGGGUCAUGACCCACAUACCUUUUAUGAGAAUUUGCUACAAGGCAACAGUGGUAUUAGCCAGAUUGAGAAUUUUGAUUGUUCUGAAUUUCCUACGCGAAUUGCGGGUGAGAUCAAAAGCUUCUCGACUGAAGGUUGGGUUGCUCCAAAGCUUUCUAAAAGGAUGGACAAGUUCAUGCUCUAUCUUCUCACAGCUGGCAAGAAAGCUUUGGCUGAUGGUGGGGUAACUGAUGAAGUAAUGGCAGAGUUUGACAAAACCAAAUGUGGAGUUUUGAUUGGCUCGGCAAUGGGAGGAAUGAAGGUCUUUUAUGAUGCUAUUGAAGCUCUGAGAAUCUCUUACAAGAAGAUGAAUCCUUUUUGUGUACCUUUUGCGACGACAAACAUGGGUUCUGCUAUGCUUGCUAUGGAUCUGGGAUGGAUGGGGCCAAACUAUUCUAUUUCAACUGCUUGUGCCACAAGCAACUUUUGCAUUCUGAAUUCAGCAAACCACAUUAUUAAAGGUGAAGCUGAUGUAAUGCUCUGUGGUGGCUCAGAUGCAGUUAUUAUUCCCAUAGGGUUGGGAGGUUUUGUUGCAUGUCGGGCUCUUUCACAAAGGAAUAAUGAUCCCACAAAAGCUUCACGUCCUUGGGAUACCAAUCGAGAUGGUUUCGUGAUGGGAGAGGGAGCUGGAGUUCUACUUUUGGAAGAACUCGAGCAUGCUAAGAAAAGAGGAGCAACUAUCUACGCAGAGUUCCUCGGUGGGAGUUUCACAUGUGAUGCGUAUCACAUGACCGAGCCUCACCCUGAUGGGGCUGGCGUCAUUCUCUGUAUCGAGAGAGCGUUAGCUAGUGCUGGGAUUUCCAAGGAACAGAUAAAUUACAUAAAUGCACAUGCGACCUCAACACACGCUGGAGAUAUUAAGGAGUACCAAGCCCUUGCUCACUGUUUUGGCCAAAAUCCUGAGCUUAAGGUAAAUUCCACAAAAUCUAUGAUUGGACACUUGCUGGGAGCUGCUGGGGCCGUGGAGGCUGUUGCAACCGUGCAGGCAAUAAGAACUGGAUGGGUUCAUCCAAAUAUCAACCUUGAGAAUCCUGACAGUGGAGUGGAUACAAAGCUUCUGGUGGGUCCUAAGAAGGAAAGAUUGGACAUUAAAGCAGCCUUGUCAAAUUCUUUCGGGUUUGGUGGUCAUAACUCCAGCAUCAUUUUUGCUCCUUACAAGUGAAAGCGAAAGCCGUUCCUUGUACUCCAAACCUGAUUGUAUAACUUGCUGUAAGUGUUUACAAGAAGUUUCCCAUGUUAUGCUAGUGUUACGUCGCGGGAAUCAACAGAGUUUGUUCAACUACCAAGAGCUAAGCUAAGUUUCUUAGGAUCAAGAUCUGAUGAGCCAAAGACUUGGACAGAAGCUAAACGUGCCAGAGUUUGGAUUCGCCAUUAAAAUUCUGUUUCUUGUGAUACCUUCUUAUUGGAAAUCUUUGUAGUCUUUUCGUUUCUAUUGUUUAACAUAAAAUCUGAAAAAAUGCCAAAUCAAUUCUCAAUUUAAAA